GGUGCCAUUGAGAAGUCUCCCCAGUCAGGAGAGCAGGGCCUCUGGGUCGGCUGAGAGCUGAGGGAAGCAGGAGUCAUGGCACGAAAGGGGCCCCCAAGACCAUUUCUGGUUCUACGAGGGGGAGUCAGGGAACACAGAAUGCCCCCUGACCUCUGAGCUCAGACCUACCAGGGGAGGGCAAGCACAGCCCUGUCUUUCUAGGAGACAGUUAUGUCAAGGAAAAGGGGGCGCGUCUUCCCCUCAGGGAAGAGAAGUCCCAGGCAAAGUUUGCUCCGAAAGGUGAGCCCUGUGGAAAUAAGGAGUCCCUGUGGGCUUCAGUGACCUGACAUUUUUCUGAGAGCAUAGGAGAAUUACACUGAUGCAAUAUGUAUCAAGCAAUGUUUACAAAUGUAUACCUGCAAUUAGGUCUAUUUUGCUUUAGUUAAAAUAGUAACAACUUUCUGUUAGCAAUGUACAAAAUUUUCCUAACUAGUUUCCUUUUUGCCUCAGUCCUGUGACCUCAAGAUCAUCCCCUUUCUCCACUUACACUCAUGGCCAAGAUACAACUUUAUUAGUAAACUCUUUUCUACUAGAAGAAAGGGCUCUUGGGAAAAUGGAGAUUCUGGAAGAAUACCAUCCCUCACUGCAAAUCUACUUUUUAUUGGAGCUGAGUUUGUUGUAAACUCAAUCAUGUGGGUCUCAUUGAAAGUCCCACCUGUUCUCCUCUUAGGAUACUGUGAUAUGUGCCUUCUAUAGGUCCAUCAUCCCUUCAUGAAAAAUAUUCUGAAAAUUGGGUAUUAGGUUAGACAUUUAAGACAAUUAAGUUAGACAAUAUGAAGAUAAUUCAGAGCGUCGUUGGAUCAGGAUUACUCUGUUCUGGUAUCUGAAUGCUAUCAUUUUAGCAGACAAGUCGAUAAAUGAUUAAAUGAUUUUUUUAAAAAUUAAUUUCAGUGAAUUAAUUUUAUUUGGCAAUAAGUUUAUGUAAUUUGCAUUCCUUUAAUUCUGAUGAUUCUUUUAUUCUGAUCCAUGGUCAUUUGGAAAAAUAAUUCCUUGAGGCUGAUCCAAUGGCAUUCUUCCAAAAGGAUCUUUUAAUCUAGAUGUUCUGAAAUGAUGAAUUAUACUGUUGGAAUAUGUAUUAAGUGGGGUUUACAACUUUAUGUAUGCAGUUAGGUCUAUUUUGCUUUAAAAUCAAUAGUAAUAACAACAACUUUCUAUUGGUAAGUGUACAAAGGAGACUGUAAAUUCUCCUUAUCUAGGAAAUUCUUUGGCCUUUAGCAGGAAGGUACUUUGGGACUAGUCCAGAUCUUCUAAAUUUUUUAUUUAGAAUGGAAUGCUAAAAAUAGAUGAGUCAGAUGUUUUACAGGAAAUGAAAAUGGAACAAAAAGUGAAGAACGUUUUAUCUGCAAGAAAGAGAAGAGCUCCGCAAAAAAAAAAAAAAAAAGAAAAAAAAAACCAACUAUUGAAAAAGCAAAUCUUAUCAUUCUGCUGGAAUUUGGAAGAAAAUGAGAUGGAAGGGCAUCAACUGGCAGGAGUUGGUGACCUUCAAGGAUGUGAUGGUGGACUUCACUGAGGAGGAGUGGGGGCUCUUGGACCCUUCUCAGAAGGAGCUGUACAAGGAGGUCACGCUGGAGAAUGUUCAAAACCUGCUGUCUCUGGACGUGGAGCUCAAGUUUGAAUGGAAUGAGAUGAGUAGAAAGCUGGGAAUUUUUUUGGAAGAAUGUGACCUGCAAAGAUUCAUGAAGGAUGGUCCCUGUGCCUUAACUUUGAGGGAAAUCCAUGCUUCUAACAUCCAAGGAGAUAAUUCAAAGAGUGACUGUGAGUUAGGUGAAAUCAGAAAGCGAUUCAGGCAGUCUUCUUUCCUAAGUCAUUGUAAGAAAAUGGUCUCAGGGAAUAACUGUCUUCUGAAUAGUGAAUAUCAGAAAUGUUUUCCUGAACAAGUAGAGCUUUUUCAUUCUCAGGAGAAGCCUGCUGAAAUACAAAUGAAUCCAGGUAAUCAAUGGGAAAUAUCAUUCAGCAAGAGUUCAGACCUCAUUAGACAUCAGAAAAAUGAUAGUGGGGAAAUGUUUUAUGGAAGUAAUGAAGUUGGGAAGGCCUUGAAUCAGACCUCUAAGCUCAUUACUCCUCAGCAAAAUCACACAAAAAAGCAAUCUGACGAGUAUAAUGAAUGUGAAGCAAUCUCAUCCCAUCAUUCAUCUCUUCCUUACCAUUGUAGAGUUGACUCUGGAAUGAAAAGAUAUGCAAUUGGUGACUCUGGGAAGGCCUAUGGUUGGAACUCAGAUAUUGAUAGCUCUCAGAAGAUUCAUACAGAAGUGGUUUAUAAAUGUAAUGAAUGUGGGAAGACAUUCCCACAGAUAUCUAAAUUUCGUAAACAUCAGAGAAUCCACACUGGAGCAAAACGUUAUAAAUGUAAUCAAUGUGGGAAGGCUUUUGCAUACAGGUACAGUCUUGCUAACCAUCAGAGAAUCCACACUGGAGAAAAACCUUUUAAAUGUAAUCAAUGUGGAAAGUCUUUUCGAUGGAGUUCCAGUCUUUUUUUCCAUCAGAGAAUCCACACUGGAGAAAAACCUUAUAAAUGUAAUCCUUGUGGAAAAUUUUUUCGAUACAGUUCCAGUCUCGCUUUACAUCAGAGAAUCCACAAUGGAGAAAAUCUUUAUAAAUGUAAUCAAUGUGGAAAGUGUUUUCGAUGCAGUUACAGUCUUGCUUUACAUCAGAAAGUCCACAGUGGAGAAAAACCUUAUAAAUGUAGUCAAUGUGGAAAGUCUUUUCGAUGCAGUUCCAUUCUUGAUAAACAUCAAAGAAUCCACACUGGAGAGAAAGAAAAAUCUUUUGACUGUCAUCAGUGUGGAAAAACUUACAGGAGCAAGGCAAAACUUAUUGAGCAUGAGAGAAGUCACACUGGAGAGAAACCUUUUGAAUGUAAUCAAUGUGGAAAGACUUUCUUAUAUGAGAGAAGUCUUGCUAAACAUCAGAAAAUCCACACUGGAGAGAAACCUUAUAAAUGUAAUCAAUGUGUAAAAGCUUUCAUAAUGAGGUACCAACUUGUUGAGCAUCUGAAAAGCCACACUGGAGAGAAACCUUUUGAAUGUAAUCAAUGUGGAAAGGCCUUUUGUUAUCCUUCCAGGCUUGCUCGACAUCAGAGAAUCCACACUGGAGAGAAACCUUAUAAAUGUAAUCAGUGUGGGAAAGCUUUCAUAAUGAGGUACCAGCUUGUUGAACAUCAGAGAAUCCACACCGGGGAGAAACCUUUUGAAUGUACUCAAUGUGGGAAAGCUUACAAAGUAAGGUACCUCCUUGCUGAACACCAGAGAAGCCACACUGGAGAGAAACCUUUUGAAUGUAAUCAAUGUGGAAAGACUUUUUGUUACCCUUCCAGGCUUGCUCGACAUCAGAGAAUCCACUCUGCAGAGAAACCUUUUGAAUGCAAUCAGUGCGGAAAGACUUUUAUAUACAGUUCCCUUCUUUCUAGUCAUCAGAGGAUUCACACUGGAGAGAAACCUUUUGAGUGCAAGCAGUGUGGAAAGACUUUUAUAUACAGUUCCCUUCUUUCUAAUCAUCAGAGAAUCCACACUGGAGAGAAACCAUUUGAAUGUAAUCAAUGUGGAAAGGCUUUUAGGCUUACUUCCAUUCUUACUAAACAUCGGAGAAUCCAUACUACAGAGAAACCUUUUGAAUGUAAUCAAUGUGGAAAAGCUUUUAAAUACAGUUCCCUGCUUUCUCAACAUCAGAGAAUGCACACUGGAGAGAAGCCUUUUCAAUGUAAUCAAUGUGGGAAAGCUUUCAUAAUGAGGUACCUUCUUGUUGAACAUCAGAGAAGCCACACUACAGAGAAACCUUUUGAAUGUAAUCAGUGUGGGAAAGCUUACAAAGUGAAAUACCUUCUUGCUGAACAUCAGAAAACCCACACUGGAGAGAAACCUUUUGAAUGUAUUCAGUGUGGAAAGUGUUUCACAUACAAGAGAAUUCUUGCUAAACAUCAGACAAUCCAUACCAGAGAGAAACCUUUUGAAGGUAAUUAAUGUGGUAAAGAUUUCAUGCACAAGGGAAAACUUGCUGAACAUCAGAAAAUACACACUGGAGAAAAACCUUAUGUAAUCAAUCAGGAAAGACUUUUCGAUAGAGUUCCAGUCUUGCUAAACAAUUGAGAAUCUGAAGGAAUCCUAUCCAACUCCAUUUAUGACACAGACAUGGUACUGAUACCAAAAUUAAAUAGGAUGAAAACAAAGAAAGAAAAUUAUAGACCAAUCUCCUUAAUGAACAUUGAUGCAAAAAUCUUAAAUAAAAUAUUAGCAAAAAGAUUACAGAAAAUUAUCCCCAGAAUAAUAUACCAUGACCAAGUAGGAUUUAUACAAGGAACGUAGGGCUGGUUCAAUAGUAAGAGAACCAUUCACAUAAUUGACUAACUAUAUCAAUAACCAAAUGAACAGAAACCAUAUGAUCAUCUCAGUAGAUGCAGAAAAAGCAUUUGUUAAAAUCCAACACCCAUUCCUAUUAAAAACAGCAAAGAGUAUAGGAAUAAAUGGACUUUUCCUUACAACAGUCAGUAGUAUCUAUUUAAAACCAUCAGUAAGCCUCGUAUGUAAUGGUGAUAAACUGGAACCAUUCCCAGUAAAAUCAGGAGUGAAACAGGGUUGCCCACUAUCACCAUUACUAUUAAGUAUUGUAUUAAAAAUGCUAGCUUUGGUAAUAAGAAUCGAGAAAGAGAUUAAAGGAAUUAGAGUAGGUAAUGAGGAAACCAAAUUAUCUGUCUUUGCAGAUGAUAUGAUGAUAUACUUAAAGAACCCCAAAGAUUCUACUAAAAAGCUAUUAGAAAUAAUCCACAACUUUAGCAAAGUUGCAGGAUACAAAACAGAUCCACAAAUCAUCAGCAUUUUUAUACAUCACUAACAAAAUCCAACAGCAAGAGAUACAAAGAGAAAUUCCAUUCAAAAUAACUAUCAAUAGUAUAAAAUGUUUGGGAAUCUAUCUGCCAAGGGAAAGUCAGGAACUACAGGAGCAAAAUUACAAAAAACUUUCCACACAAAUAAAGUCAGGUUUAAACAAUUUGAAAAAUAUUCAAUGUUACCUAAACUAAUCUAUUCAUUUAAUACUAUAGUAAUCAAAUUCCCAAGAAACUAUUUUAAUGACCUAGAAGAAAUAACAACAAAAUUCACGUGGAAAAACAAAAGAUCAAGAAUUUCAAGGGAACUAAUGAAAAAAAAAUCAAAUGAAGGUGGCCUAGCUGUACCUGAUCUAAAACUAUAUUACAAAGCAGCGGUCACCAAAAUCAUUUGGUAGUAGCUAACAAUUGAGAAUCCACACUGGGAAGAAACCUUUUUGUAUAUAAUCUGUUUGGCAAGACUUUCAUACACAGUUCCUUCUACCUGCACAUCAGAGAAGCUACACUUGAGAGAAACCUUUUUAAUGUAAUCAAUGUGGAAACCUUUCACAAAGAACUUCAAACUUGCUUAAUAUAAGAGAAUUCCUUGUGGAGAGAAACCUGUUGAUUAUAAUCACACAAAGGUCCAAUGUUAUUGAAUAUCAGAGUAUCCACAAUAGGGGGAAAAAACCCUUCAUGAAAGUAAUUGUUGUUUAAUGAUUUGACGGAGUUUUAAUUUUUUUAAGUAAAUGAUAAUUUUUUUAAAUAAUGGCUUAUAUUCUUAUAAUUUGAGUCAAUUCUCUUAUUUAUUUUAGAAGUGAGGCCUUUAUGAGAAACACUGGUGGUAAAAUUUAGAGAUUUCUACAAAAAAGAUCUCACAAAAUAUCCCAAAUUCCAUCUUAUUGUGUGUGUGUGUGUGGGGGGGGAGGAAUCACCCAGAAUGGCACAAAGGAGAAAUUGAUGCAGAGUUCUGAGCCAGAGACAGAAUUUAUUAGAAGAGUCUGGCUCCUCUGUAACCCAGCAGACUCCAGGCCUUCUCCAUCCCUCCUUCCCUCAAGGUUCUAUUUUUGUAGGGAUAAAAUUAUCCUAUCAAUAGAACAGCAUUUCAUUGGUUACUAUAAAAUAUGGAUACCACCAGGGCCAUGGGGUUUCAGGAUGGCUAGUGCAGGAAAUCUGUCCACUGACUAGAUGGUUAUAAGAUGAAUGAUGUCCCUUGGCUUGGGCCAGGGAAGAUGGGGCCUUUCAGUGAUCAGGAGAUAAAUAAGCCAUUCAUUGGGCUGGGCAAAUGCCCAUAGUCUCUCCCUCUAAAGGACCGCAGAUAGUGGGGAACUCUGGAAAAGUAUACUUGAAACAAAGAUACUUACAACAGGGUGUUGACUCAGUGUAAUUGAUGAGAUAAUGGUUCUCUAAUUCACAUAUACUUAGUGUGAUGUAAUGGUGUAAUUAGUACUUAGUGUAUAUGGUGAUGCAAUAGCUCUACAGGUGGCCCAUGCUCAACGUGCUGUAAGUGAUGUAAUUGUACUAAGAUUUUUAAGGACUGAGAGGACUGGAGAUGAGUGUGUGUGCUGGAGCACAAUCUCAGACUCCAGAUUCCUUCCUUGACCAUCCUCGUGGUGGCCCUCCUGCCUUCAUCAUUUCUCCACUAAGACCAAGGCCCAUCCAGAGAUCCUUCAGAAAGUUAGUCCGGACACUACAUCACCCCAAGAAGAUUUCAGGGGAACUUCGGGGCUUUCCAUCAUCCCCAAAUGGCCUGUGGGUGAAACAGGAUAGAAAUGGUUCCUGUCAUGGUUCUGACAGUUUGUAGUUACACAAAUAGACCUCAUGCCUGAUGUGCAAAUAAUUUCUAUUCUAUAAGCAUGAGGUCUACAAAAAGCUUCUUAACAGAAUGUAUAUUUCCAUAUGAUUCAUUCAAACUUUGAAUUAGUUAUACUAUUAAGUGAUUGGCUAGGUAAAUAUAAGCUAAUGAAUAAUUAGUACCAAUCUUGGUCUACCAUAAAAUUAUCAUGGGCUGAUUAAUACUGAAUUGGGUUUGAAUAGAGCUCCUCAGUGUUUCAGCUUUCUUAAUGUGCAUGAAACUCAAUAAAUGUAAUGAUUUUUCUAUCAAACCAUGUUUGUCAUCACUCCUCAAUCGUUCUUAGCAUUCUUAGACUGUUGGAAUCUUUACAAACUGCUAACUCAUUAGAGUUGAUGUUUGGGGCCAGAACCUGAAACAAGGUACUAAGUAGAACUAAUUAAUACAAUGCUUGUGUUUACACCUUUACUCAUUGGAAUUCACAAGUAUGGGAGAUUCACAAAGUAAACUGUGUAACUUUGUGAAUUCACACCUCCCUUGAAGCUCUUAAGGCCAGAGAGCACUAUAAGAGAAAACCCAUAAUCCCUCUCUCUGGUAUAUAAGAAGAAAGCAGAGGCCCAGUGGGAAGAAUUCAGCCAAAUUACAUGGAGAGGGGAACAUCAAGUCAGAAGAAGCCAGGAGUCGGAGCUGAGCUAGAGCCAGGAGAGAAUGACUUUAGAAGGCAAAAGAAACAGAUUCAUCUUUGUGCUAGUUGGAAGCUGAAGGCAGCAGAGGCAAAGGACAAAGCUGCAGGAGCUCUCAGAACCGAGCAGAAAGAUAGGCCUCUAAGAAUCUAGCUAUCCGGGCCCAAGGAAAGAGACAAGACUUGGAAGGAGAAAUAAACAUUUGUAUUUUUACCAGCUGGCUGCAUUUGGGGUAAUUAUUGAUCUGAACUGAUACAAAGGCUGCCUCCAGAAAACCUCCCCUGAGAAACCUGCUUUCUCCCAGAGAGAACCAUCUAUAUAUUAUAUUUAAAAGAAGAAAAUCACCACAAUAGACGAUCAUUUCUUCAGCAUUCCUGAAGUAAUUGUUGCUCACCUUGUUUACUUUCAUAAAAAAGCCCUUAUAUAAAUAUUUUGCUAUUAAAUGUGAAUUUCUUUUUCUUUUAAAUUUCUCUUUAAUUUUAAAACACAUUGUUUUAUGACUUAUGUUCGAACAGAAAAAUCUGAACAAAUGGGGACAAUCAUGGGAAAGAAAAAAAAUAAAGAAGGGAACACAACAUGUGUUGCUCUACAUUGAA